UACGGUCCGGUUCUGUUAUUGGCCACAGUUUCUUCCGUUCCCCACAUCUUCCAUUUCUCAAACCAAAAACCAGAACGGAACCACCAAAACCCUCAAAUCUCCGCCGUUGAUUCCUGUCACAUUCACCGGAAUCUCUCACCUGAGCUAUGGUACCUUCCUUCAUCCUUUUCUUCACUCACUUCUCUUCUGAAUCCCUUCUUGGAUGAUGGAACUCGCCGAUUCCAGCGACGAACACCACCUCAAGGACCAUCCCAACCCCAUUGACUCCACCACCGGCCGCUCCGGUAUCGGCAUCGAUCUCAACGAGAUCCCUUCCCCUUCUUCUUUCUCUGAAAACCUAUCGAAUACUUUCGACGUCGUCCGUUCCUUCCAUGACAACCCUCCGCCGCCUGAUGGCGGCCCGGCUGAUGUCCCUCGCGGGCUUCGUGGCUCCGUCUGUGGCUUGUGCGGUCAGCCGGAGGUGCACGGUCAUGUGGUAGUGUGCGACGGAUGCGAGCGGGGGUUUCAUUUGGCUUGCGCCCGAAUGCGGGGGGUUCAGGCGUUGAAUUUCGAGGAUUGGGUAUGUGAGGACUGUUUUGGCAGCGGGGUGAAGAGUAAGCGGUGGCCGCUUGGGGUUAAGUCAAAGCAGCUGUUGGAUAUUAACGCUUCUCCGCCGAGUGAUGGUGAUGCUUGUGGCGAGGAUGGUGAGGAAUUGCCGGGUUUCAGAAAGCAUGCUGCAGACGAUAAUUCUUUUCGUGGUACUUCCUUUUGCCCAUCUGCGAAACAUAGAAACCUGUUACAUUUAGAGAAUGGAUAUGGUCUUCAAAGAACUUCAGAUAUUGUGAAAAACAAAGUUAAAAUGGGUUUAGAAGAUAUAUUGCAGCAGACACAGGUCAUGGGAAGAAGCUUAGAUGUGGAUUUGGGCUCUCCUUUAGGAAGUUGUAGGAGUGGUAGGGGCACAUCAGUUAAAUUGUCAUCGCAAAAUACUAGUGAAGUCUUCUUGCAGGCGCUUAGAGAGUUUGUUUCUGAGAGACAUGGUGUGUUGGAGGAAGGAUGGUGUGUAGAGAUUAAACAGUCAGUCGACAGCUGUGAACUUUAUGCUAUUUACCAAGCACCUGAUGGGAAGACUUUUAGUUCAGUCUAUGAAGUUGCUUGUCAUCUUGGGUUGUUGUCUUCUAUGCAACCCAAAGCAAGAAGACAAGGUUCAUUACCUUUUUCUGGAAAGUCUUAUAUACCAAAAAGAAGAAAGCCUACCAAGUCCUCGGUUGCCAAUGGGUCUGUUGAUAACAACGGAAGUUUGAUUAAUGAUCGAUGUAAGGGGUUCUUGUGUGACCGUCAAAGCCCGUCUGUUGUUGUGGAAGAGAAUGGAGGUUCCAUUUCAUCACACUGUUACAAAGGGUUUCCUCUUCAGUUUGAAGACUUCUUUGUUCUUUCUGUGGGAGAAAUUGAUGUACGACAGUCAUAUCAUGAUGUUACCCGGGUUUAUCCAAUAGGUUUUCGAUCUUGUUGGCAUGACAAAGUUACUGGUUCUCUUUUUAUUAAUGAAGUGCUAGAUGGCGGUGAUUCUGGACCCCUUUUUAAGGUUAGGAGGUGUGCGUGCUCUGCGUUUCCAAUUCCAGUGGGAUCAACUGUUCUCUCCAGGGGAAAAAGUGAGUAUUUUUCUGUUGAGCAAAAUGAAGAAGAUGGGUUGACUAAUAAUGGAAGCGAUGAGAACUUACCGAUGAUUCUCUCAGACCUUUAUCCACCGAAUGAAGAUGAUAUUUUGUCUUGUCUUGGUAUUUGUUCUGAUGGAGCUUUUAAUGUUCAGAUGCAAAAUGGACAGCAUAAUGAAGCAAGUUCCAUUGGAAAGUCUGGAAACCUCUCAAAUUAUAUGUAUUUGAGAGAUGAAAUUGGUGAGAUUUCAGUUGAAGAUACUUCAUCAUCGGCAGCAUGGAAACGGAUGUCACAUGAUUUGAUUAAAGCAUGCUCUGAGUUAUGCAACCAGAAAAGUACUAUCAAAUUCUGCUGUGAUCACGUGGGCGAUGAACAGAGUUUUCUUGGCCAUUGUAGAAUUAGUGUCAAUAGUGAUCUGAACUCUAGAUUAGCAAAAUUUUGUGGUUUUCCAAGUUUUACCCUCAUCCGAUCUGUGGUUGAUGUUGAGAACGAGCUCUGUAGUUUGCCUGAUGAACUUGAAAAGUGGCUGGACCAGGAUAGAUUUGGGUUAGACAUGGAAUUUGUGCAAGAAAUACUUGAAAACAUUCCACAAAUUCAAUCCUGUUCAAGAUAUCAGUUUGUAAAUAAGAGAAUAGAUGGUAUGACUUUGCCAACAGUUGAAAAUGGUGUCUUAGAGGUUCAGAAAUUUGAUGGAGAAGAAUGUAAAGAAGAUGAGCCACUGAGUUUUCUGUUUAGAAGAUGGAAAAAAGGCAAGUUAGUUAGUGAUGGCAACGCCAAUGACAAGAAUCCUCCUCCUGGGAAGCUUUUGUGCAUGCAUAUUCCUCCUGAACUUACUGGCGAUGUUUACCAGGUUUGGGAUUUCUUUUCUCGUUUUCAUGAGAACUUGGGUCUUGAAGAGGCCUUGUCUCUUGAGGAACUCGAGGAAGAUCUUUUCAAUCUGCGGGGUGGUGGGGAUAAUAUUCUCCAAAAUGCUGAGAGUGAAUUUGAGAAAGACCAGUUGAUAAACUCUCGUACCACCGAGUGCUCAAAUGGCCGAGUACCCUCAAAAUUGAAUGCUAAUGGAGAUCUACAUGCAUUUAUACAAAUGGAAACAAGGGUGAUGAAUGAGGUAUCUGAAGGUAAACUAGCUACCUCAGCAGACAGCAGGUGCAUGGGUGCAGCUUUAACAAAAGCUCACACUUCUCUGUUAAGAGUGCUAAUUACGGAGCUUCAAUCCAAGGUAGCUGCUCUUGUGGAUCCAAAUUUUGAUUCUGGAGAGUCAAAACCAAAACGAGGAAGGAAAAAGGAUGUGGAUAGUGCAACUUCUAUUAGGAAAACGAAACUGAAUUUGCUCCCUCUCAAUGAACUAACAUGGCCAGAAUUAGCCCGCCGAUACAUCUUGGCUGUCUUAUCCAUGGAUGGUAAUCUUGAGUCAGCUGAAGUAACUGCUCGUGAAAGUGGAAGAGUAUUUCGAUGUCUACAAGGUGACGGUGGUGUGCUUUGUGGCUCUCUCACGGGAGUGGCUGGGAUGGAGGCAGAUGCAUUUCUUCUGGCUGAGGCUACAAACCAAAUAUAUGGAUCGUUAAAUAGAGAAAAGCAUGUUAUUACAUUAGAAGAGGAAGACUCUGAUGCCACCGGUGGUUGUGAGAAGGUGCUGGCGACUGAUGGUAAGAUGCCAGAGUGGGCACAAGUGCUAGAACCUGUUAGAAAGUUACCUACAAAUGUGGGGACUAGAAUUAGGAAGUGUGUUUAUGAUGCUUUGGAGAGGGAUCCACCAGAAUGGGCAAAAAAGAUAUUGCAACAUUCAAUUAGUAAGGAAGUUUACAAGGGCAAUGCAUCAGGACCUACAAAGAAAGCUGUUCUUUCAUUACUAUCAGAUAUAUGUGGUGAUGGCUUGCCUCAAAAUGUUGAAAAACGAAGCAAGAGGAGAACUACUAUUUCGUUAUCAGAUAUUGUGAUGAAGCAAUGUCGAAUUGUAUUACGCCGUGCUGCUGCUGCAGAUGAUGAAAAAGUCUUCUGCAACUUGCUUGGCAGGAAAUUGAUGGCUUUAAGUGAUAAUGAUGAUGAAGGGCUUCUUGGGCCACCAGCCAUGGUUUCUAGGCCGUUGGACUUCCGGACUAUUGAUUUGAGAUUGGCUUCUGGGUCUUAUGGUGGAUCACAUGAAGCGUUUCUUGAGGAUGUUCAGGAGCUCUGGAACAACCUGCGCUAUGCUUAUGGUGAUCAGCCUGAUUUGGUUGAGUUAGUUGAGACAUUAUCCGGGAAUUUUGAGACUCUGUAUGAAAAUGAGGUUGUACCUCUUAUUGAAAAACUUCAGGAGUUCUCCAAGCUCGAAUCUCUGAGUGCAGAAAUGAAAGCGGAAGUAGAUAGCUUUCUUGUGUCCUUGAAGGAGAUUCCAAAAGCCCCUUGGGAUGAGGGAGUCUGUAAAGUGUGUGGCAUUGAUAAAGAUGAUGACAGUGUCCUUCUAUGUGAUACAUGUGAUGCUGAGUAUCAUACAUAUUGUUUGAAUCCUCCUCUUGCCAGGAUUCCUGAAGGGAACUGGUACUGUCCCUCUUGUGUAAUGGGAACACGUAUGAUUGACGAUCCAUCUGAGCAUACCAAGAACUACAUUUUUAACCUGCACAAAGGCAAAAAAUUCAGAGGAGAAGUUACUCGUGAUUUUCUGGAUAAACUUGCCAAUCUAGCAGCUGCACUGGAAGAGAAGGAGUAUUGGGAAUUCAGUGUGGACGAGAGAUUAUUCUUGCUCAAAUAUCUAUGUGAUGAGUUGGUUAGCUCUUCCUUAAUUCGACAACAUCUUGAGCAGUGUGUAGAGGCAUCAGCAGAGUUGCAGCAAAAAUUACGUUCGUGUUUUGCAGAGUGGAAAAAUCUCAAGUCAAGGGAAGAAGUUGUGGCAGCGAAAGCUGCAAAGCUUGAUACAACUAUGCAUAGUGCAGUUCGAGAAGGACAGGGUAGUUGUGAUGGAGCUAGGCUUGGUGUUCCUGAUCAAUGUUCAUCUCUAACAAGCUUAGAGAAUAAGUGUCUCAACCAUGCAGGUUUUCAAGAGCAAACGAACAGUGGCCAUGAUGUUAUUGAUAACAAUGAUGUAGGUGGCAACAUUCUAUCCAAUUCAUGUUCUCGGAACAGUGGCAAACCCAUAAAACCCUAUGAGCCACCAUUGUCCAGUACUUUGCCACAAGAAGUUGAUGGUUCUGACCAAAGUAAUAUGGAGACCGAAAUUGCUAUUCUACCAUCCACAAAGCAACAUUGCACACCUUCUGAUGCUAAUGGAUUGCCGGUAGCUUCACAAGUUCCACCUUCGAAUGAAUCACAAGCCUAUCAUAAUGAGUUGGAUAGUAUUAAGGACAUAUCACAGCUACAGGAUUCUAUUGCAAGUAUAGAGUUGGAGCUUCUAAAGGUAUCGGUACGGAGGGAGUUCUUGGGAAGUGAUUCUGCUGGACGAUUGUAUUGGGCUUCGGUCAUGUCAAAUGGGCAGCCGCAAAUCAUUGCUAGUGGGAGUUUGGUACAGAUUGGAAGUGAAUCUAGAGACCAAGUUGGUAAGGGUGUCGUGUUUAAGAAUUUUACUUCAACAAGCAGUGGUCACUGUUCAAGUUUUGAUGGGUCGAACAUAUAUUCCUCAUUGCUUCAUCUGCGAAAGGAUUCUAUUGAAAAUUCCCCAUGGGUUUCUUAUCAAACAGAGGCGAGCAUACUAGAACUCAUUGAUUGGCUGAAUGAUAAUGAUCCUAAAGAAAGGGAGCUAAAGGAAUCUAUUUUACAAUGGCAUAAACCUAGACUUCAAAUGCCUUCACGAUCGAUUAAUCGAAGUCCUGAAGAACAGUUAAAAGAUUCAUCAUCAAGCUCGGAUGUUGAAAAACUUGAAUGUUCUAGUUUUCUUGUUACCAGGGCAUCUGCUGUAUUGGAAAGUAAGUAUGGUCCCUUCCUUGAGUUUGAAAAGCCUGACAACUUCAAUAGAUGGCCAGACGAGACCAGGCUAGCUGAAGAUGAGAAAAUGUUCAGGUGUGUAUGCUUGGAACCUGUCUGGUCAUCUAGGCACCAUUGUCUCUCUUGUCAUAAAAGCUUUCUAACUGAUGUUGAACUUAAGGAGCAUGACGAUGGAAAGUGUAGUUUACACACUGCCUCAUGUGAUAGUGUCAAGGAAGCUGGCAACUCUUUAACAAGUAAAGGCAAUAUGAAAUUUGAGAGCAAUCGGGAGGGGAGCUCAAGCAUGACCAUAUCAGAAACUUCUAAGAGAGGGUAUUUUAACCAUAGCACGGGGUUAAUUAAAUUUCAGGAUGAUGGUAUGAUGUGCCCAUAUGACUUUGAACUAAUCUGUUCUAAGUUUUCGACAAAGGAUUCAAACAAGGAUGCUGUUAAGGAGAUUGGACUUAUUAGUUCGAAUGGGGUUCCUUCAUUUGUAUCAUCUGUGUCACCAUAUAUUAUGGAAUCAACAUUAAGUGCAAUUGAUCUCAAGAAAGAUUCUGGUUCUCCUGAAGAUGGGACCUUGCAUUCUGAAAGGCUGGCUUCACUAGGAAAUGUUGGUCUGGAAAAUGGUUGCCUUCAAAAUUCUUCUCCUGAUAAUUCAAAUCAAAGGGCUGCUGGAAAUGAAAUCAGUGCAUUGAAAACGAAAAGACUAGCAUUAGGAUGCCCCGAACCAAAAAGUAAAAAAGUUUGCGUGGAUAACCGUUUUUCAGAGUUCGGUAUUGGUAGAUUCUAUAUUAUCCCACACUCAUCCCGUAGGCCAUUAGUUGGCAGAAUAUUGCAAGUUGUAAGAGGGCUGAAAAUGAAUUUGCUUGACAUGGAUGCUGCACUUCCUGAUGAAGCUCUAAGACCUUCAAAGUUACAUAUUGAAAGGAGAUGGGCCUGGCGUGCAUUUGUGAAAUCUGCAGGAACAAUUUUUGAGAUAGUACAAGCAACAAUUGCAUUAGAGGACAUGAUAAGAACAGAAUACUUGAAGAAUGAAUGGUGGUACUGGUCGUCUCUCUCUGCUGCUGCCAAAAUUUCCACCGUAACUUCUCUUGCACUCCGCAUAUUCUCUCUUGAUGCUGCUAUUAUAUACGAGAAGAUAUUGCCUAAUCAAGAACCAAAUGAAUAUUUGGACCCAAACAAUAUUCCAGAACAGAAGCUGGCUGGUGUGGAUUUAACAGAAAGGCCCAGGGCAAGCAGCCGGAGAUCUGGCAAGAAAAGAAAGGAACCAGAGGGACAAUAAUCUAGGACUCUCAUGAUUUAACUCCUGACAAACUCAAUCCACAGGUUUAUGCCAGUGGUUAUGGUGGUGGUAGAGGUCUUGUAUUUAGAAGACAACUACCUUCAAUUCGUUCUCUGUGGUUUAUAUCGUGCCAUUGCUCCUCGAUAAAUUUGGAGUUCUUUUUGAACUCGCUGCUGCAACCAUUGCGCCCCUGCUGCUGACAGCUCGAUUGUACAUAGACAUAACUCAUAGUUUAUGAUACACUGUUCAGAAUCCAUAAACUAUAAGUGCUUUGUUCAUAAAGACUUCUCGAGGCUCCAACUCUAAUCGAUAAUAUGGCCCCUUGGCGCAAUUUUGGACUGAAUUGCUGGAGUUCUUUUUAAUAAAUGAUGUCUAUUCUUGAAGAGAGGCCCAUUUAGAAGGAUGCCGUCCUUAAAGAGCAAGAUCCAUUCACUUUAUGUAUAAAUAGAAAAGGAGAAGGGAAUUCUAGAACAAGAUUUGAAGCUCAGUUGUAUAUCUAAUUCUUUACAUUUCUUUCCCAGCCCUCUGUUCAUUUUCAUCCCUACCAGGUACUUGUAGAUGUCUGACCAUCAUUCACCGAAUGGGAGGAAAACUCGUACUGUUUUAACCCGUCUGCAAA